AUGACCCAGCAAAUGCAUAACUUGAGCCUCCUGCAGAGCAAAAAGCACAGCAUGCCCUCGUCGCCCAGCGCUGCCAAGCGGCUCUACCGGAACCUGUCGGAGAAGCUGAAGGGCAGCCACACGUCCUUUGACGAAGCCUACUUCAGAUCCCGCUGCGACCGCCUCAGCCUCCGCAAGGCCUCCAUGAAUUUCCAGUGCAAUGAAGCUAUGUUUGAGGCCGUAGAGCAGCAGGACCUGGAUGCUGUUCAGAUUCUUCUUUAUCAAUACACCCUGGAGGAACUGGACCUGAACACACCAAACAGUGAGGGACUCACUCCUUUGGAUAUUGCCAUUCUGACAAACAACGUCCCCAUUGCCAGGACCCUUCUGCACGUUGGGGCAAAGGAAAGCCCACACUUUGUGACCGUGGAGAGCAGGUCUGUGCACCUGAGCAUGCUGGUGCAGGAGGCCCAGCAGAGAGUGGCAGAAUUAUCAGCACAAGCAGCGAGUGAAGGGCUGGGCACGGAGAGCGCCGAGAGGGAGAAGCAGCUCAAGGGCUGGGAGUGGAGGGCCAGGCUCUACCAGCGCAUGAAGGCCGGCUAUGAGCAUGCCCGAGCCCCCGAGGCGCCAACCAAUGUCUGUCUCAUGGUAACGAGCAGCACAUCACUCACUGUCACCUUCCAAGAACCCCUCAGUGUCAACUCAGCUGUGGUGACCAAGUAUAAAGUGGAAUGGAGCUCUUCAGAAGACUUUUCUCCUUUGGCUGGUGAAAUAAUUACGGAUAAUCUUCACUCCUUGAGGUGCUCCAUCACAGGUCUCAGGACGGGCCAAAGAUAUUAUGUCCGUGUCUCAGCAUACAACAUGAGAGGAUGGGGACCUGCAUGCAAAUCUACUCCUGAAUAUGCUUCUCCUUCAAACUGGAAAGACUGCAAUGGAAGAGAGCCUCGGCACAGGGGACACACGGAGGCCCUGGAACGCCUCCUUCAGCAGGUCCGAGCAGCUCAUCAGCACUAUAACUGCAGAGAAAGUUCUAAAUUACAAAACGCUGGUCGCAAGCAAUCCGUUUCCAGAAGCCUGAAGCAUCUUUUCCAUUCAUCAAACAAGUUUGUGAAGACUCUGAAAAGGGGACUCUACUUAUCUGUUAUACUUUUUUACAAAGACAAUUUGUUAGUAACCAAUGAAGAUCAAAUCCCAAUUGUGGAAAUCGAUGACUCUCACAGUAGUUCAGUUAUGCAGGAUUUCCUGUGGUUCACAAAGUUGUCUUGCAUGUGGGAUGACAUCAGGUGGCUGAGGCAGAACAUGGCUGUGUCCGUGUCCUCAUCCACAGCACUCCAGGCCAGGCAGAAGAUGCUUUCAGCUGCAGCACAGCUACAGAAUUUGCUGGGAACUCACAAUUUAGGCAGAGUUUUUUAUGAGCCAAUCAAGGAUCGACAUGGCAAUGUGCUGAUAGUUACUGUAAGAGAAGUGGAGAGUCUGUACUCAUUUUUUAAUGGCAAAUGGAUGCAGGUAUCCAAACUACAAAGCCAGAGGAAAUCCCUUUCAACUCCAGAGGAGCCAACAGCAUUAGACAUCUUGCUUAUAACAAUCCAGGACAUACUUUCCUAUCACAAACGAAGUCAGCAGCGCCUCCCUCCCGGCUUGUAUCUGGGUUACCUUAAACUCUGCAGCUCUGUGGAUCAGAUCAAAGUGCUUGUGUUGCAGAAGCUGCCCAAUGUCCUGUGUCACGUUAAAAUCCGAGACAACAGCAAUGUCUCCAAAGAUGAGUGGGAAUGGAUCCAAACACUUUCUGGCUCAGAAUCCGUGGAAAGUAUGGAUCAUACUUCAGACUGCCCUACUCAAUUGUUCUUGUAUGAGCUCCAGACAGCAGUGAAAGCUCUCCUCAAACAGAUCAAUCUACCUCUGCAUCAGGCUAAGCACUUCCGUCUGUACACACAGGAGGUGUUGGAACUGGGUCACAAUGUCUCCUUUCUUCUCCUGCUCCCCGCCUCAGACGACGUCUGCACUGCCCCAGGACAGAAUAAUCCUUACACCCCACACUCAGGAUUUCUUAACCUCCCUCUUCAGAUGUUUGAACUUGCUCAUUUUUGCUGUUACAAGGAAAAAUUUAUAAGCCUGUAUUGCCGCCUUUCUGCUGUCAUAGAGCUGGACUCUCUGAAAACCCAGCAGUCCCUGAGGGAAGCAAUUUCAGACAGUGAAGUCGCUGCAGCCAAACAAAGACACCAGCAAGUUAUAGACUACAUACAGCAAAUUGAUGAGAUCUGGAGGGACAUGAGAUGGAUCACAGAAGCACUACAGUAUGCAAGAUACAAGCAGCCAGCAGCAGGCCUGCCCAUAAGGAAGCUUGUGGAUCUUUCAGAAGAACACUUUCAAAAGAAAAUGAGCUCCACCUCUUCACAUCUAGAUUGUCUUCCUUCACCUCCCCCCUCUCCUGAGCCUAGAAUCCAGAGGAGAAAAGCUGUGAGUGACUCCCAGCCCUGCUCAGAUGAAGAAGGCUGCUCCGAGGUGUUCCUCCCAACCGACAGCGACUACGACUCCAGCGAUGCCUUGAGCCCAAGGGAAUUAGACCUGAUUUACUCCUCGUCCCAGGACAUCUCCCAGCAGGCUGGCAGCGGCCUGGGUGGCAGUGCACCCAACGUGCUCCAAGCCCACGACAUGAAGCCCUGCCUGGCGCUGAGGGAAGGCCUGACAGAGUGUGGUGCAUUGGACACCAGUGCUGAAUGUUGCACAGAGCAGAUGAGCAGUCUGACAAUGUCAGGGCUUACACCGAAAAGCACGGACAAGUCCUCCAGCUCCAAGCAGCCAUUGGGCUUUUUAGGGAAAAAAAAGUUGGGGAAAUACCAGCAUUACAACUACUUCAGCCGGCAGCACCGCUGGCUGCGCGUGCACAGCGAGACUCAGGCGGGAUCUCUGUCAGAAGGUAUCUACACCCAGCAUCUCAUGAGAUCUCCAGAUUUGUCUCAAGAACCUACCUCCAGCGAGCAGGUGACGAUUGCCCUCGAUGGGUCUCGGAGCACUUUCGUACCUCAUGCAUCCAGCCUUCCAGAGGAUGGGAAAGGCAAGUAUGAGGAAGCAAGGCAGGAUGUCCAUAGGAUACAUGUGCAGCCUUAUGAAACAACAUUUCUGGAUGAAGAGGGUGAGUCCUGGGCAAUGAGCACGGAGUCUGUAGAACACACGGAUGUGCACAAUGCUAUGCAACAGAUCACGGGGCCAGAGGAGCAGUCAGGUUCUGCUGUCCCAGAAGUUUUCAGCAGCACUCUUUAA